AUGCCUGUGCGGAGGGAGACCAACCCCCAGAACCGCCUCGCGUGCGAUCGCUGCCAUUCUCAAAAGCUCCGAUGCCAACGCCAGGACGGCCAAGGCAUUUGUGCCCGAUGCAGCCGUUUGAGAACUGCAUGUGUCUUCAGUCCGCGACAGCGCCGCAACAUACAUAACAAUCACGAGAACUGCGAUGUGGAAAUGAGGCCAGAACCUCGAGACCUAUCGUUGGAACCCCCGGUACUAUUGACGACAGUGACGACAGAACAUUCGUUGGCGGAUACACAGAGCAAACCUCAUCGUCUUCCAGAGACACCACAGCCGUUGAGCCCGAAUCAUGCUAUCGAUCCAUACUCGUCUUUGUCCUUUGCCGUCACUGGACUCAAUGAUUUCAACGCUGGCCCUGACUCCGGCGUCAGUCCCAACGACGGGAGCACGAGCCUGUCCAGUUCCAAAUCUCCCGGCCUCACGGACUUCUCUACUCUGCUUGACAUGGACUUUUCCAGUCUGGGCUCCACCUCUGCGUCUUCGAACUCAUCAGAAUGGAACUUCCCCAUGGACUUGGCAACCUUUUGGCCCCCUGCCGCCCCAUUAACCGUGGUUGACGAGGAACUCAAGAUAUCGGGCCCCGUGAUUGCCUCCUCGCUGGUCUCGGAAGAGGUGGUCGACAUGACUCUGGACGCGAAUAAUCGCGACGCCAAGGUGCGAAUGGAUCCUGCAACAAUCUCGGCUCCAACUACGACUGGCGAAAUCCGCGCAGGCGCCGUGGAAGUUGUGCAUCCUGUGCGCAAACUGGCGGACCUCAACGUCCGCCUGUACGAGCAUUCUGCUGCCCUCCCGCCCGUCACAAUGGUGGCAUCAGAUAAGGUCCCAUCACUCGAGGGUCGCCUUUUCGCCAUUGACGAGACGUUCCGCAUGACACAAUCGCUCAUCGAUCUGUUAAAAACACUGUAUCCACGCGACGGGCCAGUGUCCGACCUCGUCUCUGACCAGGGCACCUUACUGCUCAUAAUGUCAUGCUCCAACCGCGUCUUCGACAUUUACGAGGUCAUUUUCGGCCACAUGAGGGGAUGCGUCAACCAUAACAUCACGCCCGUCACGCCCGACGGCAAGACCGUGCUCCUGCCCGAGCUGCGCAUCGGCUCCUUCGCGCCUCCGGCCCCCUCGGCCAUAGCCAUGCAGAUGUUGCUCAUUGUUAUGAUGGCCUCGGAGCGUGCGCCGGCGGACGGUCCCGACUUCGCGGAGGACGUCGGAUCUGAACUUGUCAAGAAAAGCUGGCUCGGUUGCAGGUGA